AUGGCGUCGCAGAGCCUCGACACUAGUUCAUACGUUCUGGCCGCUCUGACGGCAUCGGGGGGUAUUGCAGGCUACGCGCGCACCGGAUCUGUCCCCUCGAUCGUCGCUGGAUGCACUGUCGGUCUCCUCUGCUGCGCAAGUGUUGGCACAGCCAAGGCUAAUCGAUACACUCCCCCAUCAGACGGUCUUGGUGGCUAUCGCAUCCAGAACCGGCAGCCCUACGGCGUUGAGCUGAGCCUCCUGGCCUCAGUCAUUCUCGGCGGUUCCUCUAUCCCACGUGCCAUCCGUCUCCGGAAGCCAGUCCCGAUCUUCCUCGCCAUCCUAUCCACCUUCGGCAUCCUCACCUUUGGAAAUGCUUUCAGACGCUCCCUGUGA